UUCCCGGAAGUGUGUCGCUCUCUGGCAUCGCCGCCGCUCCCUCAUCGCGCCAUUGAGAAGUCAGGGAAGCUUUCUCUAACCUAUUGACUCGCAGUACCCGCAGGUCCACGCUGUCCAUCAUGGCCGAGCAGGAGCCCACCCCAGAGCAGUUAGCCGCUAUCGCAGCUGAGAACGAGCAGGGGGAAUCGGUGAACUACAAGGCUCCGGCGCAGAAGAGCCUGCAGGAGAUCCAGGAGCUGGACCAGGAUGACGAAAGCCUGCGCAAGUACAAGGAGGCACUGCUGGGCUCCUGCGCUGUGGCUGCAGAUCCCAGCGCCCCCAAUGUUCAGGUGACGCGGCUCACGCUGAUGUGCGAGACCGCUCCUGCGCCGCUGGUUCUAGACCUGCAGGGUGAUCUGGAGUCCUUUAAGAAGCAGUCGUUUAUACUGAAGGAAGGAGUGGAGUACAGGAUAAAGAUCAGCUUCAAGGUAAACAAAGAGAUCGUCUCCGGGUUGAAGUAUGUACAGCAGACCUUCAGGAAAGGGGUGAAGAUUGAUAAGUCCGACUACAUGGUGGGCAGCUACGGCCCCCGGCCGGAUGAAUACGAGUUCCUGACGCCCCUAGAGGAGGCACCCAAAGGCAUGCUGGCCCGCGGUACCUACAACAUCAAAUCCAAGUUCACUGACGACGACAAGCACGACCACCUGUCCUGGGAGUGGAACCUGAACAUCAAGAAGGACUGGAAAGAUUGAGCCCCAUUUUCCUUCUUGCCAUCCUCCUAUCCCCCCCCCCCCCCUUUUCUUCCUCCUCCAGUUCCCUCCGUCAUCAUCAUCAAUGACAUCAUAAUCCUGGAUUAACUGAUUUAAAGGAAAAGGAUCUUUCUCACUCCGUCCACUUUCCUGCAGUCCCCCUCCAUCCCAUCUCUUCCCUCCCUUUCCUCCAUUUCCCCAACAAGUAUUGAGGCUUUUCAUGAAAAUAUAUAUGUGAAAACAAACAAAAACGUGCACAAUCCAUAUUUUGUGUUUUGGUUUGUUUGUAUAUAAAAGGUAAAAACAGAGGAGAGAAAAAAAAUCUAAAAAAAUAGUUCACCUCAUGGAUACUUUUUUUGACAUGGUUGCUAUUGUAAUCUUCACCGCCCUGCCUUCCUUCCUUCUGUGUCCCUGUUUAUCCCGCGUCAUUCCUUCCUUCUCCGACAUUCCUCGUUUGUUUGUGUUUUGUUUUUUAACCAUGAUCUGCCUUUAUGAGUGAAAUGAGAGAUUUGCUGAUAUUUUGCCACUGGCAUUCCCUCACAACUCAAGUUUGCCUUUCGUGGGAACGUGUCUCCGAUGCCUUUGAGAUGAGCCUAGGGUUAGCGUAGUGUGGUUACCUGUAGAAUAACAGAAGCGUUAGCAAGCGGGACUUUUCUCGGCUCCCGGUAUGAAUGUGUGCGUGUCCGAAUAUGGUUUUAGCUAUGUAGGGUUUGACGGAAGAAUCAGCCUUGCCCUGCUCUGAUGGUGUAGGGUUUGUUUUUGUUUAUCCAUUUCAUCGCCAUGUGGCCUUAAAAUGAAUCCUGUAGCAAAGACACUGAGGAGCUGCCUAUCUAUUUUGAGGCUUUACCGAUGCUCUCUGGAGACUAGCGGGCACGUCUGCUGCCUCGUUCAAUUAGCUCGAUUCAGAAUGGACCAAAUGUGAAGGCCGGUAGAAGUUAGUGGAACCUCCAGUCAUCCCGAACCUCCUGCUUUCCAAAGACAACUGGUGCUUCGUUAGCAGAAUGUGCCCUUUUGCUUUGUGGCUUGCCGAUUAGGAUGUGUCAAAGCCGAAAAAGGGCUGUGUUUUCACUAACAAAUCUCAAGUAUUGAACUACUCAACCUAAAAAACGACCAAACACCGUAGACCGUGCCUCCAGUAUUGACGAGCUGCUCUCCGCAUGUGUGUAAAUCUAAAGGGAAAGUUUAAUGGAGGUGCGUUUGUAGCAGAUCUGAAAUCAGCUCCAGUCCAGGUGUAGUCUAACCUCAGCGUUCAAACAAGAGAAGAGAGGAUGUGCCCAUGCAUCACUGUACUGUUUUAUACAUGCUUUUUCUUCCUUUGGCGACAUCGUCUGCUAAUUAGUAGCUUGUUGUUGGUCCAGAAUGCUGCUUGUGUCUUCAUCUGUUUGUACUUCUCUCUAUGAUGGCUGGAGAUUACUUGUUCACCUGUGUCAACAUUAAAGUGUUCACAACA